CAUCCCCUACCCCCUGUCUCCUACACCCAGGCUGCUGUGGUCAGAGAGAGGUUGUAAAUUCCUGGAGGAGAUUAUCUCCUCAUGGCCACAGUAUAGAGACAGAGUGAGUUUUCAUAGAGAGAACAAAGGAAUUUCUUCCACCUCACAGAACUUGAGGUCCAAACAACAUUUAUGUUCUGGAGAAGGUAUAAAAGAUUGGUGAAGAAUCCAACUAUGAAUUGGUCUGUUUGGUACAAUUUUGUGAAACUCAUGGGAGACAAUACGGCCACAUUACCAUAACGCCGUUUAUAUAAUAGCCUCAGUUAUGAGGCUUGCAUCUAAUUGCUGUACAGGAUGAAUGAGGAAAGAUUAAACUAUUUGUGGGAUGCUAUGUAAUGAUGUAAUGUGAGAGAAUUGUAUUUUUGUGUAAAGUUUCACUUAAGUCACUGGCACGCCCCCAUGAACACAGUUGGGACCUGGCAUCAUGAGACAGCCCUUUUCUGCUCUUCCGAAUAAAACCUCCACCUUGAGAAUUCUCAACAGACCCUAUUUCUCUCAAUUACGAGAGGACAAAGGUUGCAGACCAGUUUACCUCGAUAACAAGAGGGCCAAGGUUUGAGACCAGACUACUGAAUCUUUUAACCAUCCCACGUCAUUAAAUCAAAUUUUAUUUUAUUUGUCACAUACACAUGGUUAGCAGAUGUUAAUGCGAGUGUAGCGAAAUGCUUGUGCUUCUAGUUCCGACAAUGCAGUAAUAACCAACAAGUAAUCGAACUAACAAUUCCUAAACUACUGUCUUAUACACAGUGUAAGGGGAUAAAGAAUAUGUACAUAAGGAUAUAUGAAUGAGUGAUGGUACAGAGCAGCAUAGGCAAGAUGCAGUAGAUGGUAUCGAGUACAGUACAUUAAACUCUUAAGACUAUCGAUACCAACAGAAUAAGAACAAGUCUUUGAUAUUAAUUACUAGUCUGCAGCUAGGAAUUCGGUAUCAUUGAACACGAAGACCGACAACCGCCGAAACAUCUAUUCUAUAACGACAUGAAUGAAUGUCACUCUGAACUAUCCAUUCUAACCACGACAGAUAGAGAGAGAGAAGGCGGACAUACUCUCCAACAGAAACAAACUUUUUAACAGAGAUCAAGACGACACACUGAGCGUAAAUCUAUAUAUUGAUCGCAAUUGUUCCCGAAUGAGUGAGCGUUCAUGUGCAAAGGAUUAGCAUUUCAAUUGUUAUAAUAUUUUACUUUGCAGUGUCUCGUCUCAGUUGACCCCCACUUCCCUUUUUGUACACCAAGCUGCGAUACCGGUUUAUCCCACUAGGGAACCUCCGUUAUUUCCUUGUAACGAUCUACUGUUUGUUUAUGCAUUUCUGUGAAUUACUUAGUUAGUAAAUAAAUAUUUGAAGACAAUUGAUGUAUGGAUGACUCAUAGUGAAGACUGGGUUCGUGUAGAUAACCAACAAUUUACGACGUUUGGAAUGAGACUAACGUGAGGUAAAUAAUGAUUCAUUAAUCAAGACUGAUUGAUCAGAUAUUAAAAUAUCUAAAAGUUAUAUUUGGAAAAUUAUAACUUUGUAAUCUGAAUAUUUUCCUUGGUGCCCCUACUUCCUAGUUAAUUACAGUUAUAUGAUUAAUCAGUUUAACCUCUCUGGGAAAUGUGUGACGGUAGCGUCCCACCCCGCCAACAGCCAGUGAAAGUGCAGGGCGCCAAAUUCAAAACAACAAAAAUCUCAUAAUUAAAAUUCCUCAAGCAUACAAGUAUUUUACACCAUUUUAAAGAUAAAAUUCUCAUUAAUCCAGCCACAGUGUCUGAUUUCAAAAAGACUUUACAGCGAAAGCACCAUAAACGAUUGUUAGGUCACCACCAAGUCACAGAAAAACACAGCCAUUUUUCCAGCCAAAGAGAGGAGUAACAAAAAGCAGAAAUAAAAUUAAUCACUAACCUUUGAUGAUCUUCAUCAGAUGACUCACAGAUGACUCAUAGGACUUCAAGUUACACAAUACAUGUAUGUUUUGUUCGCUACAGUGCAUUUUUAUAUCCAAAAAUCUCAUUUUACAUUUGCGUGUUAUGUUCAGUAGUUCCAAAACAUACACAGUGAUUUUGCAGAGAGCCACAUCAAUUGUUAUACGCACAGACAUCAUUCAAACAGUUUUAGAAACUUCAGUGUUUUCUAUCCAAAUGUACUAAUGCUAAUAUGCAUAUAUUAGCAACUGGGACUGAGGAGCAGGCCGUUUACUCUGGGCACCUUAUUCAUCCAAGUUAUACUCUACACUGCCCCAGCCAUAAGAAGUUAAACCUUACAAUGCAUAUAUUGCUAAUCUGUGGUCCAGGACCCUAUAAAUGUAGUGGGGGAGGGUCUUAUAGCCCUUCCCCUUCUAUUAACACUAUAAGCAUUAUCAAUUAUUAGAAUACAUCAAUAAUUUUGUGCAGCCCCUAUCAUGACCCCAAGAUGACGCGCAUCAUUGCCUAGAUUGUUACUUAACAUUCAUUGCUAGGAGGCGACAUAUCACAAAGGGAAGGAGGGGUGAACAAUGCCCUUUUACUCAGACAUUUCUGUGGAACUCAAUCCAGUAAUAUGUGAGUUAUGCUGCAGGAUGAGUAACAUGGAAGUUGUAGAAAGCCAAGAGUAGGAUUGCAUCAUCUUCUUGUGAAGCAGGAAGAGAAACCUUGUACCCACCCCGAAUCCACCUGUUGAUUUAUAUCUUAUGAUGGGUUUUCCUAUGCAAUGCUCUUAGGGCUACCAAACGAACAGGUGGAAGAACAUCUCUACGACCUCUGUUGUUCUGGAGAAAAUGGAGCCUCAAAGGAGAGUGUACAUAUCUCUCCCUAAAAAACACAGGACCGCUUUGGCCGAAAAGUGUAAACUGGAUCACGGGCUUGUCAUUAAGGAUCUCAGCACUAACAUAAAUGAAGGAUACCUACAAGCUUACUUCCGACAGUGGGGCAGCAUUACAGCAUGCACGAUCAAGAAGACUCCACAGGACUCUGACUCAAAGAGUGCCAGUGCGUUGGGAUACGUGAGUUUUUCCUCUGAGGAGGAGGCAGAUACAGCAGACUGGGCGGGUCCUCACUAUAUAGGAGGCAUGGAAGUGGAGGCCAAGAGAGUUGUCAGUCUGAAGAUGGAUGACCCAGAAGGUUGAGGUCAUCCCAGCCAGGUCUAUCCGCAGACGUGACCAUGGGUCUGUUCAUCAAUUGAGCAUCUUGGAGAAUGUAUCAGAGGCCGGAUGAUACUGUACCUACGUUAUUUUUAAAGCAAUUUUGGAUGGGAUACAUGGAUUAUUUGUUGAAAAAUAAAUGUAGAUUAUAAUUUC